AUACGGGCAUAACUUUUGACAAAUUUGAUUUGAUACGGACGAUGCAUCCUCUGGUACAGAUGACAUGACUGUUUACGAAUAAUUCAUGGUAAUUAAGAGGCUUUUCAUUUGCAUAGCCCAGCUCUCAUAAUUUUCACCAUUUAAUUUUUCAAUAUGUAAAACCGAUCCGCUCAUUUUUAUUUUCAAUAAAACGAUAUUAAUUAUAUCGACCUGAAGCGACUAUAUCGAAACACGUGAUGGGUCUGGGCCCAUAACUUUUGUUCGAACAUUUAACACAAAGACGUUCGUUCAAUACGAAAUGUUUUAUUGAAGUAAAAAAAAAGUACAUAGUAUGUAAAAAUAACAAUAGUAAAGAGUAACAGGUGUAAUACAUAAGAAAGAAAUUAUGUACAUAUACAUGUUACAUCAUCUGGUCUCUCUGUCACAGAUAAAAGACCACCUGGUGCAAACAUCAACUUCAAUGCAGUACCAGUUACAUCUUGAGCUUUGGUUCAUCCAGGUGGAGGCACAGCUUGGGUCGCAAAAUAUCUGGAAUGACAACAUCAUGUACCAGGCAGUCCUCGGUACCUUGAAUCCUGAAGUAUUCAAGGAGGUCUCCGACAUCCUCUGGGCUCCACCAGUGCAAGAUAAGUAUACGUAUCUAAAAACUAACCUCAUUAACCGUUUCAUCGAUUUAGUUCAUCGCCAGUUGUAUAAGCAGUUGACAGAGCUUGAGCUUGGAAAUCGGAAGCCCAGCCAGCUUCUAAGGGAGAUUAAGACCCUGGCUGCCAUCAGAGCAUCAGAAGAGCUUCAGAAACAUGAUCACGAUCCCGAACUCCAAAACCAUCAGGUCUCUGUUUUUAUCACAGCAGAUUUGGUGAGAAAGUCAUCGAUGGCUUCAACCCUGCACCUACAAGUCUGUUAGCAACCACGGAAACUAGCAAGGCUUUUGGCGACAGCAGUCAUUAUGUUCCAUCCAGCAAGGAGUACCACCUGCAUGUACAUGACAUAUUAUACCAGAGGUUCCUUGUUGACUCUGGCUCAGUGGUCUCUGUAGUAUCACAAGCUAUAGUCAAGCAAAAACUGGAACUGGUCAGGCACUCCCUUUUUUUUAGAGAGGGAGAAAGUGGCGCCUUACGCAAAAUUCGGGGAGGUGGGGUUGGACGUGGCUUGGUUUGCUCUUGCAGUGAUGUUAAUUACAAGUAAUUACUAUUAGUAUUGUUAAUAAAUUGUAUUUUCUAUUGGUAAACUCAAUGUAAAUUUAAUAUAUUGAAUUGAUGUGCAAAACGA